AUGGGGGCUACGCGCGACCUCCAGCUCAUCCCGCACGCCGACCCGAAGGAUCACGCCCCCAUGCUCUGGCGCCUGAAGGGGGACCGCGACCUCAUCGGGGAACUGGAACGCCUCUGCGAGAACACAGCGGCCGCGUGGCGCGGCACUUCUAGACAGGACGACCCCUCCGAGGCGUGGCAGUCUCUAGUCUCUGACGUUCGGGAGGCCGCCUUGCCCCUUUUCCAGCGUGGUGCACUACCUGGCCCGACCACCGAGUACGUCCAACAACGACAGGUGCUUCUCGAACGCCGACGCGAUCUCAGCAGGCAGUGCAGGACGGAGACCGACAGGCUCGCCAUCAGAGCCUGCGACCGUGAGACCAAGCGCAUCAAGCGCAGACUAGACACCCAUCACGUCGAGCAGUUACUUUGGGGCGCCACCGCAGCAGCGGAGCGUGGGCACACUACGACAGUCUGGAAGCUUGCGUACCAGAUUGGCGGCAGAUCCCACGGCGUGAGGAACCGACGUUUCAAUGCGAUACCGCACUACCUCCCCUCUGGACGAGUGGACGACGACGCUACUGGCGGGGGGCGGCGGAAAGGGGGCUUCUCGGCAGUGCAGGUUCUUGAGCCUGAAUUUCCAGCGGAGAUCGCCCUGGCGCUGCGAGAGCAGAACGACCCAGACGGCACGUGGAAGGACCUACGUGGACAUCCCGCAGCGACUGCCCACGACGACUGGACCGACAUGCUGAGGUGCCUUCGACAUGCGGCCCGCAGGCGCUACGCCCCGCCCCAUUCCGCGCCCACCGAGCUCUGGUACGCCAUCCUCAGGGCGGCCAGCAUCGAGGCGCGAGGGGGCCCGACAGGUGUCCCCGAUGUCAGAGAUCGACCAGACCGACCAAGACGAGUACCGCACGUGCACUGCCCGCGCCUGGCGGAGCGCCUGGGGGCUCUCUUUCGCCAGAUCCGCACCGCCUGCCGCGCGCCGCCCUGGUGGCACUGGUCGCGGACUUUUCAAUUUCCCAAAGGCAUUGAUAAGGUGGGGGCGCGGGCGAUGCGUCUGAUCCACUGCUACUGCCCUUUCGGCAAGGCCUGGUACCGUGGGAUUUUCAUCAGGCACCGCCGUCCGCCGCUUCCUCAUCACUCGCAUGGGCGCGCCCGUCAUCGAUCGAGGCAGGGCGCACAGCUGGUCUCUAAGCUUCAUACUUGGAGGCUGCGCCGUCUUCGAGUCAACCACCUCCAGCUCAAGAAGGACAUGACCAACGCCUUCCCCUCCGCGUCCCACGACGUCUCGGAAGAGGUGGUGGGCCAGAUCAUUCCAGACAUGCAGGACCAGCUGUUCCCCAAGCAGCGCCACACCGAGGCGGUCAUGGAGGUGCGAGCGGGCGACGCUCGAGGCUUCUAUGUGACCAGGCAUGGCGCAGGCAUGGGCGAUGGCAACGCCUGUGCGCUACCAGUGCCAGAUAACAAUCCUUUUCGCGCCGCGGAGGUGGCCAAGCAGCCCUCCGACCUUUUGGCGGCCAAGCUCAGAGCCCAAGGCGGCUUCACACAGAAUGCAUCCAAGGAGCUCAUUCUGCAUGUAUUCGUGGGCCCUGGAGGGUACACGGCCACCCGUGCCGUCCUUUCGGGGCUCGUUUCUUUCCCUGGGCAGCCCAAGGCCCAGGCGGCCUACCUCGGAGGUCUGGAGCAGCUCACUGGCGGCGCGGGGGCGGAGGUUCGAGUCAGGAUUGAUGCGACAAGGUCGGCUUGGUGCAAACUGGGUCGUUUCUGGAAGCAACACGUCUCGCUCAGGCUAAAAAUGAUGGCCUUCUUGGGUGUUCUGCAGAGCGCGGCCUACGCGGGCCUGGAGACCUACCUUCUGGCCAAACGGGACUACGCCAAGUUGGAUGCCGUUCUCUUGGGUUUCGCGAAGGUCGCUCUUCGGGGAGUUGCUAGACGUGCAGAUGUCGAGGGGGUAGAGCAGAUUCGAGUUCCACACGCCUGGCAGGUCCACAAGCGCCUGCGCAUCGCCGGCGCUUGCACCGAGCUCCCCGCACGCAGGCUGAGGCACUGGCAACAACUCGCCAAGUACCCCGAGUCUUCUGUGCAAGCGGUCGCCGCGCUGCUUGGGAACUUUGAGGCGUUGCAGGAG